GAGGCUGAGCAUUCCUGCUCUUUCCGCAGCACCCGUUACAGCGACCUGCUCACCAGGCAACGGUCCAGGCCAAAGGAAACUUGAAAACCUACUCACUCACGCGGUGACAGUAACUGAAAUUUAAGAAUAAGGUUUUGAUCUGAGACUGGAUAAGAAACAAGACUUGAGCAUUAAUUCCAAGAUCGAAGAUGAACCGUACGCCAAGUCUAGGCCUGAACCAGGCCACAGAAGAAAACAAGCGUCGCAGCUCUUCUGAGACAAGCCCUGGACCAGAGAGGACAUGGGAAGAUGAUAGGGCAGCGACGGCUACAAACCACCGCCAGAGGGCGCCACGGCGCACCCCAUCCUACCAUGUGGUCCUUGGAUGUUCUCCGUCGUGGGAUGGUUCAGAAGUCCUGCAGGCUCCAGCCCUGGUCUUGCUUCUGAGAGGGUCCCAGAGCCUCUGUCUUCGCACUAAUAAAAGUCCCAUCUCCCCUUUAAAGCAGGCUUUUGAAGCCUCAGGGAAUAAGAGGGUCAGAGCAUCCACAUCCCAGAAGAAGCUGUUGGGAGAUACGGGAGCAAGCACUAUGGACAAGAGAGCUCUCUGGGCAGGUUUGGUGGCCUCACUGCUUCUCCAGGGAGCAUCUGCCUACAAACUGGUUUGCUACUUUACCAGUUGGUCCCAGUACCGGCAGGAACCAGGAAAAUUCACUGCUGAGAGCAUUGACCCCUUCCUGUGCUCUCACCUCAUCUAUGCGUUCGCAAACAUCAGUAACAACAAGCUCACCAUUGACGACAAGGAUGCCAUAGCGCUUUAUCAGGCCAUCGGCAGUCUCAAAACCAAGAAUCCCAAACUGAAAAUCCUCGUGUCCAUUGGAGGGUACCUGUUUGGUUCUAAAGGGUUCCACCCUAUGGUUGAUUCUCCCAAUUCACAAUCAGCAUUUAUUGCUUCUGUGAUAUCAUUUCUGAGGAACCACGACUUUGAUGGCCUGGAUGUCGACUGGAUCUACCCAGAUUUGAAAGACAAAAUUCAUUUUACUGCAUUGAUUCAUGAAUUAGCAGAAGCCUUUCGGAAGGAGUUCACCAAUACUAACAAAGAAAGGCUUCUGUUGACUGCAGGCGUGGCAGCGUGGAGGCAGAUGAUUGAUAACAGCUAUCAGAUUGAAAAACUGGCCAAAGACCUGGAUUUCGUCAACCUCCUGUCCUUUGACUUCCAUGGGUUUUGGGAAAGGCCUCUAGUCACAGGCCACAACAGUCCUCUGAGGAAGGGGUAUCGAGACCGGGGGAUGAGCUCCUACCUCAAUGCGGAAUAUGCUCUUGGAUACUGGGCACACAAGCUCAUGCCUACAGAGAAGAUAAUCAUGGGAAUCCCCACAUAUGGACGCUCUUUCACACUGUCCUCUGCAGACACUGCUGUUGGGGCCUCUGCCUCCGGUCCUGGAGCCCCUGGUCCCAUCACUGGGUCAUCAGGCAUCCUAGCUUAUUAUGAGAUCUGCCAGUUCCUACAAGGAGCCAAGAUCACAAGGCUCCAGGAUCAGCAGGUUCCUUAUGCAGUCAAGGGCAACCAAUGGGUGGGCUACGAUGACGUGGAGAGUGUGAAGAACAAGGUUCAGUUCUUAAAGAAUUUAAACAUGGGAGGGGCCAUGAUCUGGUCCAUUGACAUGGAUGACUUCACUGGCACAUCCUGCAACCAAGGCCCCUUUCCCCUUGUCCAAGCUGUGAAAAGAAGCCUGACUCCCUUGUGAAGGAUCAACUCACAGCUGAAAAUGCAAGGUGACACUGUUGCCUAGUCCCUUUCAAAACAUCUCUAAUGGGAUUGCCCUUGUUGACUGGCUUCCAGAUCUCACAGUGCUAAGCUUUUUUUGACUUUCUGUCAGACCUUGGAUGGGACAAGUUCUGUUUCCCUACAGCAGCUGACUGGCUGGCCAGGGGUCCAAUAAAAUGAAAAUCACUUUCCUGCA